GAGUGCGACAUCGGCGAGGACGUGCGCCACUUCUUCUACGUGGCGACGCCGCUGCGCAACGACAACAACUACAAGCAGAUCUACAUCAUGUGGAUGUUCCUGGUCGUCAUGUACCUCGUGCCGUUUAUCAGCCUGACUGUGUUCAACUCUUUCAUCUACAGGAGGGUCCGCGCCGCCAACCAGGAGCGGCAGCGGCUGAGCCGGCUGGAGAAGAAGGAGAUCGGGCUGGCGGUGAUGCUGCUGGUGGUGGUGACGGUGUUCUUCGUGUGCAACGUUCUCGCCUUCAUCAUCAACGUGCUCGAGCUCCUGGACAUCGUCGUUCCGGAGCUCACUGCCACUAGCAACGUCCUGGUGUGCGUCAACUCGUCCGUCAACUUCAUCAUCUACUGCAUCUUCGGCCAGAAGUUCCGGCGACUCUUCCUCAAGAUGUUCUGCGGCCGGAUCGUCAAGACGUCGGCGAGGAGGGACACAACCUUCCGCGAGUCGCGGACGCUCACCAACGGCCGCUCGACGCAGAUCAUCCGCAUGUCCUCGUGGAACGGCUCGCACCGCAGCCGCUCCGACAGCCAGGCGGCCGCCAAGCUCGACGGCCGCCACGACUCGGCCUCCUCGUGGCGCCCCUUCUCCAAGUACUCCAGCGUGCCACUCGGAGACUCCUCCACGCCCAGGACAGCUUCCUCGUCCUUUACGCCCUCCAGGAGUCCCUCGCUCGUGCCCCCGGCGGGCCCCGGCGAGAGCGACCACGCCCUCUGAGCGAGAGGCGCCCGGCUGGCUGCCGCGGCGAUGGGCGCGCGGGCGGAGGCGCUGCAGAAGGCCUUAGUGAAUUGUCGUUUCCUGAAAGGAUUCAUCGUGUACAUAAGCUAAAAAUAAAUUUCUUUUUAUGCUUCCAGACUAAGAAAGGAGAAAGGAACGUUACCGGAUUGAUAUGUUAUCACUUGUUCAAAAAACCUGCUGGUAUUCGACAGCCACUCCCCUCGAUUUUUAUCCCAGACUUCCUCUUUACAUUCCCUUGCUCGUGUUUUCUUUUUUCUCCUUUUCUGUUGCUGAUCCUCUUCUUUUUUUUCUUCCUUCUCCUCCUUCUCCUUCUCCUCUUCCUCUUGUCCUCCUCAUUUUCCUCCGUCCGACCUCCUAUCUCCGCACACCACACACGACUGUGCUUCAAGCAGGCUUUAUCAAUAAGCCCCGAACAACGAGGGAGAGAUAAGCUGAAGCCCAUCCACCUCUCAGAUCCACUUAUUUUCCGCCAUAACUUUAGAUGAAUAGAAAAAUGAUAAACACAGUGAAUUGCGAUAAGUUUUUUGAUGCUGAAGUGAAGAUAAGAUUUCUUCUUUGAUCGCCAAAUGAGGAUUGCUAAUUGGAUUUCCCAGCUGUUUCUUCGUCAUCUGAUAACUAUUUUGAUUACUUCUUGAAACACAAUAGCUAAGAGAUUUGCCGUUGAUCAGAAAGAGGCAACAGAUGCACAAAAGUAUAAUGUGUGUGUGUGUGUGUGUGUGUGUGUGUGCGUACAAUAUUCACACACACACACACACACACACA